UGACUCCCGAGCCGCGGCGGCGCGGGCCGGGAAACCGAAAGCGGGCGGCGGUGGCGGCCGCGGUGGCGGCGGAGGCGGCGGCGGCGGCGGCGGGGGCUGGGGCUGGCCCGGCGGCGCGGGGACGGGCCGUGGGGCCCCCGGAGCGAGGUGAAGAUGCUGGAAGCAGAUCUGGUUUCGAAGAUGCUUCGAGCUGUUCUGCAGUCUCACAAGAAUGGGAUAGCAUUACCCAGGCUCCAAGGAGAGUACAGAUCCUUGACUGGCGACUGGAUCCCCUUCAAGCAGUUAGGCUACCCUAGCUUAGAAGCCUAUCUGAGAAGCGUCCCAGCAGUUGUCAGGAUCGAGAUGAGCAGAUGUGGAGAGAUCAUCUGCUAUGCUGUGGCCUGCACAGAAACGGCCAGAAUCGCUCAGCUUGUGGCUCGUCAGAGGAGUUCUAAGAGGAAAACUGGGCGGCAAGUUAAUUGUCAGAUGAGAGUUAAGAAAACCAUACCAUUUUUCCUAGAAGGAAAGCCAAAAGCAACCCUCAGACAACCAGGCUUUUCUUCAGACUUUUCUAUCAGCAGAAAACCUAAUCCAACACCAUUAAGAGACAAGGGAAACUCCCUUGCACUGAAGAGUGACGCUGAGAUGCCACCUUACACAUUACACACAAGUAUUGGAAGUGAAGUAUAUAAAGAUGUUCCAGUGCAGAGGCAAGUGGCCAUGCCGACGUCCAACAGCAGACCCAGCAAAACCUCUUUCGGCAUGGGCAACUCCUCGCAGAAUGUCUCCAGCCUGAGAACUAAGCCUCGGCCCCGUGCCCGCCCAGGAGGGGAAAGGUUUAGUCCAAAGGCAUCUGUUCCACCACCUUUUCAGGUGCAUCUUUCAAAAACCUGUGCUAAGGAAACGAGUGAGAAUUUAAAUCAGACUAUUGAAAAAGCAAAUCCUAUGCCUCCUGCCUCUCUUAAAAUGGAUGAGGUUCAAAACCGCAUAAAGGAAAUACUAAACAAGCAUAACAAUGGCAUUUGGAUAUCUAAGCUUCCACAUUUUUACAAGGAGUUAUAUAAAGAAGAGAUCAAUGAAGGGAUAUUACAGCAGUUUGAACACUGGCCUCAUAUUUGCACGGUGGAAAAACCUUGCAGUGGUGGUCAAGACUUACUUCUGUAUCCAGCUAAAAGAAAGCAGCUUUUGAGAAGUGAACAGGAAGCCGAGAAAGUGCCUCCCUCCCCAGUGUCUUCUCCAAAACAAGCACCCCCGGCCAAAGGCUGCCCGACAGUCAUGCCAGGAGAAUUUAAAGAGAAAGUUGCAGAGCUGCUGGUGAAGUACUCAAAUGGUCUGUGGGCCAGUGCCCUCCCGAAAGCGUUUGAGGACAUGUACAAACUGAGGGUCCCAGAGGAUGCCUUGAAAAACCUUGCCUUGCUUUCUGAUGUGUGCACCAUAGACUACAUUUCUGGAACCCCCCAGAAGGCCAUCCUCUAUGCUAAACUUCCACAGCCCACCGACAAAGUCCUACAGGAUGCAGGGCAGGCACAAGACAACUGUGAUAUCAAGUCUAUGAUUGAACAAGAAUACCUGCAAAUAGAGGAAAAUAUGAUGGGAGAUGUUGAUGGCUACUUUGACAAUAUAACGGUUCCUCCACUAACCAUUCCCACCGAGGCAUCGCCAUCUGUAUUGGUGGUUGAACUCAGCAACACUAAUGAAGUGGUUAUCAGGUAUGUCGGCAAAGACUAUUCUGCUGCCCAGGAGCUGAUGGAGGACGAGAUGAAGGAAUACUACAGCAAGAACCCUGUCGUCACCCCCGUCCAGUCGGUGCACGUCGGGCAGCUGCUGGCCGUGAACGCCGAGGAAGACGCCUGGCUGCGGGCACAGAUCGUCUCAGCAGAAGAGAAUAAAAUAAAGGUAUGCUACGUUGACUACGGCUUCUGUGAGACUGUCGAAAAGAGCAAAGCGUACAAACUGAGCCCAAAGUUCUGUUCACUCUCAUUCCAGGCCACGAAGUGCAAACUGGCAGGGCUGGAAGUGCUCAGUGAUGAUCCUGACUUAGUGAAGGUGGUCGAAUCUUUAACUUGCGGGAAGAUCUUCGCAGUGGAAAUACUUGAAAAAGCUGACAUCCCACUGGUGGUCCUGUACGACACCUCGGGGGAAGAUGACGUGAAUGUCAACACCACCUGCCUGAAGGCCAUCUGUGACAAGUCGCUGGAAGUCCGCCUCCAGGUCGAUGCCAUGUACACGAACGUCCGAGUGACUAACAUCUGCUCCGAUGGCACACUGUACUGCCAGGUGCCCUGCAAGGGUCUGAACAAGCUCAACGACCUCCUGCAUAAGAUCGAGGACUACUUCCACUGCAAGCACAUGACUUCCGAGUACUUCAUUGCGAUUCCCUUCUGUGGGAAGAUCUGUCUCUUCCACUGCAAAGGAAAAUGGUUGCGAGUAGAGAUCACGAAUGUUCACAGCAGCCGGGCUCUCGACGUGCAGUUCCUGGACUCCGGCACCAUAACAUCCGUGAAAGUGUCUGAGCUCAGAGAAAUACCCCCUCGGUUUCUACAGGAAGUGAUUUCCAUACCACCUCAGGCGAUCAAGUGCUGUUUAGCAGACCUGCCACAGUCCAUUGGCAUGUGGACACCGGAUGCUGUGCUUUGGCUCAGAGAUUCUGUUUUGAAUUGCUCAGACUGUAGCAUUAAGGUUACGAAGGUGGAUGAAACCAAGGGGAUCACACACGUUUAUUUAUUUACACCUAAGAACUUCCCUGACCCCCACCGCAGUAUUAAUCGUCAGAUAACAAACUCAGACUUGUGGAAGCACCAGAAAGAUGUGUUUCUGAGUGCCGUCUCGAGUGAAGUUACCUCUCCCAACAGCAAAAGUGCUAACCUCUCCACUCUGGGCAACACCGGAGAGAAUUUCAGAAAAAGCCUCACAGAUGUCAUCAAGAAGUCUGUCUUGGACCACACCAGCUCUUUCACCAUGGAGGAACUGCCACCUCCUGUCUACUUGUCAAAGCCAGGGGAGCACAUGGAUGUGUAUGUGCCCGUGGCCUGCCACCCGGGCUACUUUGUCAUCCAGCCGUGGCAGGAGAUACAUAAGCUGGAGGUGUUGAUGGAAGAGAUGAUUCUGUACUACAGCGUGACUGAAGAGCGCCACAUAGCAGUGGAAAAAGACCAAGUAUAUGCUGCUAAAGUGGAAAAUAAGUGGUACAGGGUGCUUUUAAAAGGAAUCCUCACCAAUGGACUGGUGUCUGUGUAUGAGCUGGACUACGGCAAGCACGAAUUGGUCAACAUAAGAAAAGUACAGCCCCUCGUGGACAUGUUCCGAAAGCUGCCUUUUCAGGCAGUCACGGCUCAGCUUGCAGGAGUGAAAUGCCACCAGUGGUCGGAGGAGGCUUCGAUGGUGUUUCGGAAUCAUGUGGAGAAGAAGCCUCUGGUGGCAUUGGUGCAGUCAGUCAUGGAGAAUGCUAACCCGUGGGACCGGAAAGCCGUGGUCUAUUUAGUGGACACAUCGCUGCCAGACAUAGAUAUCUGGAUUCAUGAUUUUAUGUCGGAGUAUCUGGUGGAGCUUUCCAAAGUUAAUUAAUCACUGCUUCUGGAGACCUUGACAACUAAUUCAGAUUUUGUAGCAAUAACAAAAUGUAGUAGGCUUAAGAACAAAAAAUCGUAUCUCUGCUACGUGGCUCUGACUGCUGGGUCAUAGAAAAGAAUGUGCUUAUGUUGGAUGAAAGAUAUUUAACAAGUUUUGUUUUAACAGAGUUGACUUUUCAAAAGAAAAUUGCACUUGAAUUAUUACUAUAAUAUUAGAAUAAAAAUGUUUAUCAAUAAAA